CGAAGAUACAGCGAUAUAACUCUAUAAUUAAGUUUUGGACGUAACACCUUUGAGAAUAUGAAUACCUUUUCGCACGUUCCUCCUGGUUUUAGAUUCCACCCAACGGAUGAAGAACUUGUAGAUUACUACCUUAGGAAAAAAGUGGCAUCCAAAAGAAUUGAUCUUGAUGUUAUCAAAGAUGUGGAUCUCUACAAAAUUGAGCCAUGGGAUCUUCAAGAGUUAUGCAAUCUAGGAACUGAAGAACAAAAUGAGUGGUAUUUCUUUAGCCACAAGGACAAAAAAUAUCCUACAGGAACUCGCACUAACAGGGCUACAAAAGUUGGCUUCUGGAAAGCCACGGGAAGAGAUAAGGCCAUAUAUUCUAAGCAUAAUCUGGUUGGCAUGAGAAAGACGUUGGUCUUUUACAAGGGUCGAGCUCCUAAUGGACAGAAAUCAGAUUGGAUCAUGCACGAGUACAGGCUAGAAACGAAUGAAAACGCAAUGACUCAGGAAGAAGGAUGGGUGGUCUGCAGGGUAUUCAAAAAGCGAAUAACGACGGUACGUAGAAUGGAUGAACAUGAUGCUCUAUCCUGGUAUGAUGAUCAAGUCUCAUUCAUGCCCGAUUAUGAAUCCCCAAACCGGAUAUCUCAUCCUUAUACUGCAAAUAAUUCAUACCAGCAUCAAUUGCCUGGAAAAUCUGAGCUUGAUCAAAUGCAUUACAACUUGCCUCAUGAGCAUUCCUUCCUCCAGCUUCCUCAAUUAGAAUCUCUCAGAUUUCCACAAUCCGCAGCUGCCAGCGUAAGUGCUUCCUAUGGGAGCGCUUUCCAACCCUCAAUUCAGCAGUCGAACAUCAACUUACUUUACGGUGAUAAUAAUAAUAAUAAUCACAAUAAUAAUAAUAAUGGUGAACAAGAUCUUCAAGUGACUGAUUGGCGAGUACUCGAUAAAUUUGUUGCUUCUCAGCUCAGUAAUGAUCAAGAUGCUGUCACAAAGGAAAACACUUAUCUGAACCCUCCUUCAUCAUCUCUUCAAAUGGCCGAACACAUGAACAUGCUUCUAAGCGACUCUAAGAGCGAUGAGAUUGCUUCAGAAGGUGCCUCUAUAUCCACCUCCACAUGCCAGAUUGAUCUUUGGAAGUAA